GCAAUUUUAUGUGAUUAUAAUAAAGUACCGAGUCUUUAAAGUGAUUUUUAGGAAACACGUUUAUAUAAAAUGCCCAAAGAAAAACUAAACCGGAAACGUAAACACGAACCGAAGCCAGAGGAGGACGUCGAAUAUCAAAUCGAUGCCCCAAAACAAAAAUUCCGACCUUUUGACCAGCAGGCGCAAGCAGAAGAGGAACAUUUGUCGCAAAUUCUUUUCGGCGGAGCUCAAACUUUCUUACAAUGUUUAGAAGAAGCAGAGCAAGAAGCAGGCCCCUCACAGACCAAUGCAGAUUCGGGAGUUGGAGAGGACGACAGCUCUGAUAGCGAUGAAAAUAUUCGCAAACCGGCAUGGACAGAUGAAGACGAUGAUGGUAUUGAAGUGGGCCAAGCUCUGGACGCACAGAGGCGCAAACUUCCAUCGGGAGGUAUCAACAGCCGGAACAACAAAUAUUCAAACCUGCUUAAGCACAAAUUCCAGACUGCCGUUGGUACUCCUAAGUGGGCAGCUUUGGGUAAAUCAAAACAUACGGAUUCAGAUUCAGAUGAGGAGAUAUUGCGAACCUGUGGUUUCAUAAAUAAAACAUCUAAAACCACAUUACCUUCUACUUUACUCGAAUUCAAGAAAGUUAAGGACUUGAACUGCGAGACAUAUUCAGAGGGCCCGUACAUCAAUGCUGUGGAAUUUCACCAAACAUCUACCGUUGCUUUAGUUGCAGGAAACGGAGGUGUUACUUCUUUAUUUGCUGUUGACGGGAAGCGCAACAAUAAACUACUUAGCAUAGCCUUUGAACGUUUCCCAAUUAUAUGUGCAAAAUUCACACAAAACGGCAACGAGGCUAUACUAGGAUCGAGACAUUCACAUCUAUUUAAUUUCGAUUUAUUAGCAGCCAAAGCGACGCGAUAUAACCUUCCUCAAGGCCUAACACAAUGUAAAAACUUUAUCGUUUCUCCCGAUUCACAAUUCAUCGCCAUCGCUGGGAAAUGGGGAGAGGUACACAUCUUAACGGCAGCUUCUAAGGAAAGGAUAGCUCUACUGAAGCAAGAUUCUGAAGUGACAGCUCUAACAUUCAAUCCGAGAGGCAAUUUGCUUUUUGGACAUAGCGAUACCAGUGAAGUAACUGUUUGGGAUAUGAAUAUGCAUAGAGUAAAGCACAAAUUCACCGACGAAGGUUGUAUACAAGGCACUACGUUAGCCAUCUCUUCGUCGAACCAAUUCAUAGCAGCAGGCUCGGCUCAAGGAGUGGUAAAUUUGUACGGGUUGGAGGAUGUCUUACAGAACAAGCUGCCUAAACCUAGAAAAACGAUUCUUAAUCUAACUACAGGAAUAAGUGAUUUAAAAUUCAACCCCUCCUCGGAAAUAUUAGCGUUUUGUUCGGCGGAUAUUCAGAAUUCCGUUAAAUUAUUCCAUAUAGGUUCAGGGACUGUUUUUAAUAAUUUUCCCUCGUUUGGAACCAAAAUAGGUAAUAUUAACAAACUGAACUUUUCCCCAGGCAGCGGGUACAUCGCCUUCGGGAAUAGGAAAUCGAUAGUUCCUUUAUAUCGGUUGAAGCAUUUCAAAAAUUACUAACACCCCAGUCACCUGUAAGAGGUCGCUCACUGUACUAAUCAUGAUAAAUAUUUGGAUGUAAAAGUCUAGAUGGUGUAAUCGUAAUAGAAAAAUGUAGCUAUUUUUAAAUAUAAAUGUUUGAAAAUUAUAUAGGGAAGAGAUUAUCCGUGUGUAGUAAUUUUCGAGUAUCGGAAACUUUUAACCACUUUCUGUAAAAAUCACGUAUGUGGAUGCACAUUUAUGAUUAAAUUCCAAAUAAAUCAUAUCGUGUUAAUAUGCAUUUAGCGUAUAGUUAUGUUUUUCCCAAUUUUUAUACACAGUUUGGGGCAAGUGAAAAAAUUAUCAUUGUACUUUAUAUCAAUGUUGAAGCUUACAAUUAAUCGUAUUGUGAAGUAUUCUUUCUUUAAACAGAGAAAAGAUGAAUCUCAUCGAGGACAGUUAUAAUAAUUUUUUUUUGAUAAACAAAAAACAGGUUUCGGGAAAUUUUUGAGUAUAAUUAAAUUAUAUUUUUUUCUAAUAUGGCAAUUUUGUUUUCACAGUUCUUUUAAAA